AUGGCCUCGUCCAGAGAACGAGAACGGUUUGACGAAGACCUCCACAUUCGGCCUCUUCGCGACGGAAAAGUAGCUUCAACGUUCUCUUUCACCACCUUGCUACAAGAUGCUAGCCCAAGGGAUCCAUUGAGCCUAGCAUACGACGACGAAUCUCAGCACUACACGCUCUUCCCUCUGGCGCUCGGGCAGAUACUUCGCACUUACGCGAUUACAGAGCUGCACUUGGCUCUCAAUGCUGGGAAAUGGAGAUACGAGUCUUGGGGAUUCCCCGAAGAACCGGGAGUAGGGACUGGUGCAGAGCUGUGGGCAUGGAUGGGAGACGGAGCUUCAACCACAAUUGACGAACGCUGGCAGGGGCUUCGUAAUGCUCUUGCCGGUUUAUUCUGUGCUUCCCUGGGGUCCAUGGACGACCAGCGUACCACUUCACCAUUCUUGACAUUCACCCCAGAAGGCUCUUUGCCUAAUGCAACUCUUCCUUAUCGACUGCGACAUGCUACUCUACCUUCAGAACACGUAUGUACAGAGAAUCUCACGCCCUUCCUCAAACUUCUCCCCUGCAAGUCGUUGUCUGGUCUCGCCCGAUUGCUAAACCCACACCGUUUAUUUGACGCCGAUUGGCAUGGCAUGAGCGUUCACGUUACAUGGCGUGAAGGCCAGGGUGUAGAAGUCCGCUUGAUUUUUCAGACCGUCAUCGACCCCAUUCGUAAUUCUGGUGGCAAAAGACGAGACUGGUCAUUUGAGUCGCUUUUUGGUCGAGUCGUUGAAAACAGGUGUCCCGUUGCUACUACCAGCCGCGUUCGAAUCCAGUUGCCUAGCGAAGAGACGUAUGCCAUCUUGCCAGAUCCUACAAGUAACGCUGACAACAUUGCUACAUAUGAUACAUCAGUUGGGCAGGACCCCUUAGAUGUCUCGAUGCGAUGGCCAGAAGAAUAUGCCUUCCAGUAUCAAAUUACAGCCCUAGAUCUCCCUGAGAUUCCUCUUACCCCUCUCACCCUGCAACGAACCCUGAUAGGGUCCAGUCAGGCCCAAGGCCAGCUGUCAAUAGUUAUCCAAAACACCCUAUCAUCCCAAAUUCAGACCAUCUAUCUCGAGACGAUGCCAUGGCUCGUGCAGUUAUAUAUUCACACACUUCAAAUACACUGCAACGGUGUUCAGCGAAACGACCUGAUCUCCAAUCUGUCAUAUACUCCAUCCGUACCCCACGCUAGGCCUGCCAUACUGCAAUCAGUUCUGACGUUGCCACCCAAAAGCACGCUGCGGCUUACCUUCGAUAUCACAAAGUCGUUUUUGCGGUACACUGAGCAUCCACCUGACGCUCAACGAGGCUGGGACUUACCUCCAGCUGUCUUUGUGCCUAUCAUCAGCGUUGGAAACAGAUCAGACGUCCUUCCUAGGCUAUACACUCCUACUCUACUCGUGGACCUAGCGACGCCAGAUUUCAGUAUGCCUUACAACGUGAUCAUACUCAGCUGUACUCUUAUGACACUGAUCUUCGGAAGUAUCUUCAAUCUGCUUACAAGAAAAUUCGUCAUAGUUGACUUGAAGCAGGGCAAGGAGCAGAAAGGUAGUUGA